UUUUCCGGUCAUCCAAACAAAAUAAAUCAUUGCAUUUAAGCCGGAGAAAAAUUAAGUGAAUUUCAUUGUAGAUCAUUGUACAAGCAACGUACAACAUAAAAAGUGCUACCGAAAUAGUGUACAUAUCUUCUCGAAAGUUUAAUAAACAACAUUCGUUUCACUGCCAUAAAGCUGUUUCCUUUGACUCCAGAUGGUUGCCCCAAACUUUCAAUCACACCUUGCGCAGGUAGAAGUGUGCGAAGUGCUGUACAACAUUCGCGUACUUAAGAUGAAGGAUUCAGUGUUCCUCUACAUCGGUCAAGAUAAGGCGGAAUCGUUCGACGAGAUGGCGGUAGCAAUGCCAAAUGCAAGCAACGCAUCGGAUGUGCUGGGAACCACCAUCAUCGGUCCACCUGAUGGUAGCGGUGCACAGGAUCUAGCGCAAAGGCUUGCCAAAAAGCUAAAGAAACAGGUGUACCUCAGCCUGGGAUCAUCCGUCCCGAACGAUCGUAUCGUGCGGCCGUCGAUUGAGAAGAAAAUAUUCGACGAUAUCAAAAACAAUUUCGAAUGCUUUUGAAGCACUACCGGUGGACCAAGGACGGAGCUAGGGUGAGAUGAUGGAAAUACAUUAUAUGAAGAGAGAGAUAAAAGGAGGGAGCUGCACUACACUCAUAUUACCUCAAGGAGGAGGGAUCGCUUUUUACGUACGUUAGGCGUGUGAUUUUUACAAUGCUUUGCUAAGGAAUUAUCAGAUUAUGCUGUGCCGUAAAAUAUUUUUUGAAAAUAAAUACAACCAUGCGAA